UCUCGACAACAUUCAAAGCUGCGAGUAUCUACUUAAAGGCUCUGGGCGGUACUCUGUCGCUAUGACCGUACACAACCAGCUUCACAAUGCUGGUGUCGCGCCGAGGCUCGCGCCGGAUGAUCUGACGCCUGCCAUCCACUCAAAGUAUGCAUCGAAUGCGCCGGACACCAAGGACAGAGACGCGGUUGCAAUUGAUGUCGGUGUACAAGAUGGCGCCAGCUCUGCUGAUACUCAACGUCCUGAAACGGAACCCCAGAAGUCAGGCUGGUUCCAUUGGCACGAGCCCGGCACUUCAACUGCCGAGAAGAAGCUCAUCUUUAAGCUCGAUUGGUUCCUCCUCAGCUUCAGCUGCCUCUACUUCUUCAUAAAACAGCUUGAUCAAAACAAUCUCUCUAACGCCUACGUAUCUGGCAUGAAGGAAGACCUCAACUUCGGUCCUGGCAAUGAACUCAGCUGGAUGAAUACCUACUUUCUCAUUGGAACGAUCAUCGGCGGACCUUUCGCAAACCUAAUCAUUACUAUAAUCAGACCACGAAUCUGGCUUCCCAGCUGUCUCAUCAUCUGGUCCCUCUUUGUACUCUUCAUGUUCAAGACUACGACUGCGGGGCAAUUCUACGCCCUUCGCUUUUGCAUCGGACUCUUUGAGUCAGCUGCUUGGCCCGGCAUCCAGUACGUGCUCGGCUGCUGGUACAGAAAGUCGGAACUUGCCCGCCGAAGUGCGCUUUUCGUUGUCUCCGGAGUUCUUGGUCAGAUGUUCUCUGGGUAUCUUCAGGCUGCGCUGUUCAGUGGGAUGGAAGGCAAGGGGGGGAUGCCUGCAUGGCGCUGGCUCUUCAUCUUUGACUUUCUCCUGGCCAUUCCUGUCGCGCUUUAUGGAUACUUCUUCUUUCCUGAUACCCCGCACACGACACAAGCGUUCUACCUCAAUGAGUGGGAACGGAAAAGGGCUUGCGAGAGGAUCGAGGAGGAAGGUCGAGCGCCGAAGGGCAAGCUUGACAGGACCAUUAUUAAGAGGAUUGCCUGCUCGUGGCAAGUAUACGUUUUCUCGCUCGCUUACUCGUUUUGGACCUUAACCUGCGGCUCUUACAUCAUCCAAUACUUCGGCAUCUGGCUUAAAAGUCGGAAGAUCUACUCUGUCCCUGAGAUUAACAACAUCCCCACCAGCGUAGGCGCAGUCAACUUCUUCUUCAUGAUCGGCACUGGUUAUGUCUCGGAUAAGAUCGGUCGUCGCGGCCCUGUGUGCUUUGCUGUUGGCCUACUACUCACAUUCUGCUACGCUGUUCUUACCGCCUGGAAUGUCCCCAACGACUUCAAGAUGGCAGUGUUCAUCCUUAUUGGAUGUUAUGGAUGCUAUACUCCCCUGCUAGCAGGUUGGGUCAACUCGACGUGCGGUCAUGACCAGCAACUGCGUGCGUUUGUCCUGGGCAUCAUGGUCAGCAUUGGACAGGCAGUCGUCAUUCCCUUCCAGCAGUACCAACUCCCAAGUGGACAGGCCCCGCAGUUCAAACAGACGCAUGGGUGGGGAAGCGCUCUGGCGAUGGUGAUCGCCUUGACUCUUUGGACCGGCUUCGGCAUCGACUUAGCAAGGAAAUGGUUUGAGGGAAGACAAUCGAAAGUGGAAGACAUGCAGGAGGCUGACACUAAGAUUGAAACAGCGGACGCGUAAAGCGAUCGCGCUGUCCAUCUAGCCAGAGGUAUGAUCUGAAUAUGUUCAAUUGAUCGCGUACAAUGUCCAGCUCAGCUGCCGGUAUCGGUUCCUGGCUCCAGGAAACAUCACAUCGAGUGCGACGUUAUCCAUGAGUGCGAACGGGCAGGUCCGUGUAGAAUCCAGAUUGUAUCAGUAGCGCAUCCUAUCAU